CAGAGAGACGCAGAGAGCAGGCAAAACAGCUUUUUUGCUAUUCGCGAUAGCAACUCACAGACAAAAAUGGCUGAUGUUGUUGAAACACUGAAGAGGAUUGAAGCCCACAAAGAUGUCAUUGGAAUAAUAGUUGUCAAUGCAGAAGGUAUUCCUAUCAGGUCAACUUUAGAUAACUCUAAUACACGUCGGUAUGCAGAACCUCUUCGUCAAAUCGCCAUGAUGGCUCGGAGCACAGUGAGGGAUAUUGACCCCCAGAAUGACCUCAGGUUCCUCCGCAUCCGCACCAAAGAUUAUCAAAUCUUGGUUGCAGUAGAGAAUGACUUUCUGCUGAUCACCAUCCAGAUGCCAAGUAAAUAGCUGCUGGGCAUUUCAGUGAAAGUCAGCCUUUGAUUUGUCACAACACAUGGUGGAUCCUUUUCCCGGCAUUGGAUCCUGCAUGUUCUUCCAUGUACUGCAUAAUCCUCUAUUGUCUUCUUGGAGCUCAAGAAUGUCAUCUCAAUCCACAUGAUGUUUUACCAACAUGUGUUUUGUGUUCAUUUUAUGUUUCUGUGUUGAUAUUGAAUAUGUUUGUAAAAAAUAAAGCUGUUUUUCAUUGUGUAGUACAGACAACUCAGCACUGUUACUUCUGUUCAUCUUCAGAUCGAUGGCACACAAACAAUCAAACGACUGCACCAGCCCCUCAACAGUUACUACAUACUUUAAAUACUUGGACGAUACAGCCAUAGUUGCACUUCUUAAUGAAAAUAACUGGAACAGCUGCAGUGAUGAAAUGAAAACAUGUAAAACAUUAGGACAGUUUAAACACAUUUUCAAGAAAAACAUAUUUAACAAAUAUAAAAUUGAGCAGUCAAUAGGAAAAAUAGCACUCACCACAGCCCAGGACCCCCUCUCACCCACUCAUUCCACUCUUUUAUUUUUUUGCCGUCAGGUCGGAGAUACAGAACCCUGACCUGGAAGAGGGCACGCUUCAAAAAGAGCUUUGUCUCCUCAGCGAUCGAAGCUCUAAACAAGCUUUUUGUUAUGUGUUUUCCACCUGAGCUAUAUGUUUCUACUUAAUGUUAAAUGUUUUCUUCAUGUGUACCAACCAUGCAAAGCUGUGAAAACAAAUUUCCCUCCUGGGGGACAAUAAAGUAUUGUAUUGUAAAUUCAGUGAAAAACCUGAAAACAGAGCUAAAAGGAAGGCAAUUAUUUGGGGCAAUUAUGACAAAGCAGUUUGUAUGUCUGGAAGGAGCAGGAAAGUUUAAAAUUGCACUUCAAAUUACGUCUUCAUGAGAUGAAUACUUACCAUUUUAUUACUUUUUAUCCACUUUACUAAAUCAGAGUUGUUAUCUUGGUACAAGACCCUAAUAGAAACAUGUGCUCAAAGAAUCUAGGGCAUAGUGAUAAAUCUUUAAUAAGCCAUUAAAGUGCGAUAUUGUAAAAAUGACUUGUUUGUGAUGACUUAGCAUUUUAAUGUUGUACACGUUUCUAGAUCCAGAAAAAUGCCAAUGUACAUGGUAGUUUAAUAGUAAAGCAUCACAUUUAAUAUUAGUAUCAUGUACUUUUUAUGUAAAAUAUCCAGGAUCAUAGGCAUAUAUGGUCCUUUACUUUCCACUUGUAGAAGGGCAUGAGUAGCGCUGCAGCAAGGAUCUCAGACUAGCUACAUCAGUAUCUUCUUUUAAAUCACUUUUUAAAAACACAUUUUUAUAGUAAGGCCUUCUUGUAAUCCUUGUUUCAUCCAUGAU